AUAAUUUUUAAAUAAUUAAUUUUAUUUAUUGACAAGUUUUUUAAAAAUGUUCUUAUAUAAAAGUAUUAUAUUGGUGAUAAAGUCUUAUAGUUUAUAGACAUGAAAUAGUAAAAUGGUGAAACCUAAUUUUCCUAAAUAAUACAAAAAUUUAUCAACAGUAAUAUUUACAUGUUAUUUUAAUAGUUAACUUUGAAUUAUUAAAUUUAUUUAUUCAUAAGUUUACAAUUGUAUGAGCUAGCUAUCAAGAUUGUAAAAAAAUGAUGUACUAUUAGAUAGAAUAUCAUUCACACACUGUAAUAAUUCUAUUACAUUUUAAUUAGCAUAGAUAUAAAAUUGAUGCUUAUGUAUAUACUCUGUUGACCAAAAACGUAUCUCCUAUUUAUUUCAAAUAAUCAAAUUUAAAAUUUGAUUUAUCUUGACAGCCUACGAAUAUGAUAGUAGACGCACUGUCUCAUAAUAAACACAAAGAUUACUAAUCCUUAUUUUUACAAUAAUUAGUACUUUUCUUUAUUUUCCCUAUAUUAAUGGAUAAAUAUAGAAAAAAAAGAAGAAAAUUGAAAAACCAACGAAAAUGAGUAGUGAAAACUGAUGAAAGCUUGUUUUUGGUUUUUACGUUAAGAAAACAGUUAUUUGAAAAAACUAGUUUCCCUACAUUUUAGGAAAUCCAUUCUUUGAAAAUCUUGAUUGGAUGAAAAUUGGAUUUUAGAAAAACAAAAACAAAAAACUAAUCCAAAAACUACAAACAAUCAACCUCUAAAAUCCCUAUUCUAUUGGAUUCUUCCUAAGAAAGUUACGUACAAACACAAAAAUGAUUUUUUUCUGUUUUUUUUGUUAGCUAAUUUUAGCUAAAUAAAGUACUAUAUAAGACAAAUCUAUUUCACUACAAACACACAAAACAAAGCAAAAGCAAAUCAAACGUAAACCUUAAAUAAUGCAUCCAAGUGUCAAGUUUUAGGAAGCUUGCUGAUCUUCGUUUCAAAUCUUCUUCUCUACAUCCAAUCGAGAAGGUAUGACACACCGAGGACAAUCAUCAAAUGGCAAAGAGAAAGAAGCAUUUUACCGAAAGCUUGAAGAUGAUGAAGCAGAAGAUGGAAGCAUUCAUUUUGGAGAAUCCUUUGUCGAUCCUUACUCUGUGAGUAUAGAAAGGCAACGCAUGAACCUGGAUCCAGAACGCGGUCGAAGAUAUGUAUAUGAAUUACUUCACGGCCAUGACGUACAAUGCUAUAACAUAAUUCGAAUGUAUCCACCGGUAUACAUUCAGUUAUGUGAAAAGCUUAAGGAUGAUUAUCAGUUGAAGGAGACUGAUAAUGUAAGCAUCGAGGAAAGUGUUGCGAUAUUCCUUAACAUAUGUGCUCAAAAUGCAACUCAGAGGUAUGUUGGGAAGACAUUUGGUCAUUCACAGGAAACUAUAAGUAGGAAAUUCCAUGAAGUGUUGAGUGCUCUCGAAAAAAUGGCGGUUGAUUUGCUUAAACCUGGUCCAAAUAAGCUCACACAACCUCAUCCUAGGUUACAAUCCAAUAGAAAUUAUUGGCCUUACUUUAAAGGAUUUAUUGGUGCAAUUGAUGGAACACAUGUUCCUGUCACUAUCGCGGGAAAAGAUUCAGAAAAAUAUUGGAACAGGAAAAGUGACACCAGUAUAAAUGUUUUAGCUAUAUGCAAUAUGGACAUAUUGUUUACAUAUGCAUAUAUAGGUAUACCGGGAUCAGCUCAUGAUGCAAAAGUUUUAGCACUAGCAAUGGAGGGGCCUCAUCAAUUUCCAACUGCACCUUUUGGAAAGUAUUAUUUAGGAGAUUCUGGUUAUCCUCUUCGACCUGGAUUUCUUACUCCGUAUAGAGGGGAAAGAUAUCAUCCUAGCCAAUACGAUGGAGCUAGUCCGCCCAGUAGUUAUAAAGAAAUGUUUAACAAACGACAUUCUUCGCUACGAUCUGUUAUUGAAAGGACUUUUGGUGUGUGGAAAGGAAAAUGGCGGGUUUUAAGAGAGAAGCCAAGAUACAACAUACAUGUUCAAAGAAGAGUUGUUGCAGCUACAAUGGCUCUACAUAAUUUUAUCAGGCUUUCAAAUUUAGGAGAUGUUGGUUUUGAUUCGGACUAUCCAACUGGUAAUGUACCAACUGAAGACUCUGAUUCAGAUGAAGACGAAGAACAUAAUAACACUCAUGUGCACUAUAUGGAAGGCAUUCGAGAUCAAAUUUCUGCAUCUUUAUGGGAUUCAAGAUAAAUUUUAUUUUAUAUUUAAAUUUUUUUGUUUUAAAA